GUUUUCCACUACCACCUCCGUCAAUCACCUCGGAAAAAAACCACAAAGACUCGCAUUUGGUCUCUACAUCACGCGCUCAGGAAUGGGAGCGACAAAAUUUCUAUCAUCGUCUUCCUCUCAAUGGUUGUUCCCGGUUUCCGCCCUACAAUACACCCCGAGCCACACGACGUCGGCGAUCCCACGAGAGAGGGAAUUGUACGAUAGAGCAAGAGGAGUUGAAUUUCUCUUUCGACUAGGAGUUUCCCUGCAGCUGCCCAUCUCCGCAAUGUACACGGCCGCCACAUGGUUCCAUAGAUUCUACAUGCGGUAUUCCAUGGAAGACUACCAUCGACAAGAUGUUGCUGCGUCAUGCGUUUUCCUUGCUACAAAGACCGAAGAAUGUGGUCGAAAGUUACGAGACGUCGCAAAAGUGUUCUAUUCGAAGGUUUCGAAGAUAGAUAUUGCUGAGAUUUCGGAUGAUAACAAGGAAUUGGAAAUGUACCAGCAAGCUAUACUGGCCACGGAAGAAGUCCUGUUGGAAGCUCUAUGCUUCGAUUUUGUGGUCGACAGCCCACAUGCGGAGCUCGUCGAUCUCUUCAACACCAGACAGGAGAGCGAAGAACUAGAAGAAUGCGCAUGGACAAUCGCAAACGACACAACCAGGACCCCGCUCUGUAUACUACAUCCACCACGCAUUAUUGCAGCCGCAUGUUACAUACUUGCCCAGCAUAUCAUCGAGGGCCCUCAAUCGCCAUCUCUAGAUGUCCGGAUAGCAUCACCUGCUCCAUCUGCUUCGUUGCCAACCCCGCCCUCGCACAAUCUCUCAUCUCCAGAGGCUUCUCGGUUCGCCGUGGAUUACUUUGAGUUUAAUGAGGUAGAUCUAGCUGGUGUUGCAGAAACUUUGAAUAUUAUACUGGAGUUCUACGCAGCUCAAGAUCUUCAACAUUCUGCUUCUCAUCUGGUUUCGGUGGCUGCAAUACCUCCUCCUGCGAUUUCGGCCACUAGGGAGAGACUAUAUACCACUUUCAAUUAUGACUCGAAAUCGGCUUCUCAGCCAUCCGUUUCCUCAAAUGGCCAUUGUGGCGCUAAUCAGACUCCCACCUCAUCACAUGGCGGGAGUACGCCAGGCAAGCCGCAGCCGAAAGCAUGGAGAUCCGUUAUCAAUUCACCAAAGUAAUCCAUUGACGAGCCCACAGAACGCAGCAGCUAAGUACCGAACAUUUGGCUAGUCGUAAGACGUUCGCGCCAAUAGUUGUAUCAUGUGUUUUUGUGCCGAUGUUCGCUCCAUCAUGUUUGUAUUUAGAAUGGACCUGACGUAUGGUCCACUAUCGUCCUCAAAGUGACGUGCAUACGGAUACCCGGUGUUCUGGUCGCACGUUCAUGUCGUUAAGAAAACGAAAGAAGAGGCUACAGCUAGGAG